GACAUAAUAAAACUAAUAAAAUCAGUGACAGCUAAAGCUAAAAAUUUAGUCUUUUUUAAACUGUCGUUGAAAGCGUUACUUAAAAAGUGAUAUUAAAAAAAUAAUAAUAAAACGGUUUUUUAUUUCUUUUAUUGAGAAAUUUAAAGAUCGCAGAGUAAAUUGAGAUCUUACCAAUAAAACGAGAGCAUUUUAUUUGCUCUAGUAAAUUAUAGAAGAAAAUAAAAAAGGCAAAACUGAUUCAUCUUUUUGAAAAAAUCGAAUAACAAACGAAAUAAACAAAACAAUAAAACGCAGCUAUAACAAAACAACAUUAAAAAGCAAAUUCUCCAAAAAAAUUAUCCAUUUGUUUUUGCUUUUCUGUAGCUGCUCUCCACUGAAACAAACAGCGAUCAUGAUGGCAGUGAUCUACAGCUGUUUUGUUGUUCUACUGCUGGCAACUUUAAGUUCAGCCGGUACUAUACAAAAUCGUCCAGCUUUUCCGACACAAACAAAUCAAUUACAAAACACAGGCAGUAAAUCAGCGGGAGGAAGAAUUAUGCAUCCAGCUUUCGCAAAUGCCGGCCGUACACCAGGUCUAGAAAUCUGGAGAGUUGAGAAUUUCGAACCUGUGGCAUAUCCCAAAAAUAACUAUGGUAAAUUUUUCACCGGAGACUCUUUUAUUGUUUUGAAUACUAUCGAAGGUAAAGACAAAAAACUCUCUUGGGAUGUGCACUUUUGGUUGGGCUCAGAAACAUCCGUUGAUGAAGCUGGUGCUGCCGCCAUUUUAACCGUACAACUUGAUGACCUACUUAAUGGCGGUCCAGUACAACAUCGUGAAGUUCAGGAUCAUGAAUCGCAAUUGUUUUUAAGCUACUUUAAAAAUGGUGUACGUUAUGAGCAGGGUGGUGUGGGUACUGGCUUUAAACAUGUCGAAACCAAUGCCCAGGGCGAAAAACGUCUCUUCCAAGUAAAGGGUAAACGUAAUGUACGUGUACGCCAAGUUAACUUGUCGGUUUCAUCGAUGAACAAGGGUGAUUGUUUCAUAUUGGAUGCUGGUAAUGAGAUUUACGUUUAUGUGGGUGCCCAAGCAAAACGUGUGGAAAAAUUAAAAGCCAUCAGUGCAGCAAAUCAAAUCAGAGAUCAAGAUCAUAAUGGCAGAGCUAGAGUGCAAAUAAUUGAUGAAUUCAGCACCGAUAUGGAUAAACAAAACUUCUUUAAUGUUUUGGGCUCUGGUUCACCCAGCCAAGUACCCGAGGAAUCUGCAGCUGAAGAGGAUGCUGCCUUUGAAACUGCUGACGCUAAUUCGGUUACUUUAUACAAAGUUACUGACAGUUCUGGCAAACUUAAAAUUGAAGCCAUUGCCCAGAAACCUUUACGUCAAGAAAUGUUGGAUACCCGCGAUUGUUUCAUUUUGGAUACCGGUUCUGGUAUUUAUGUUUGGGUGGGUCGUGGUUCUACACCCAAAGAAAAGGCCGAUUCUAUGUCUAAAGCUCAAGAGUUCUUACGUACUAAAAAAUAUCCCGCCUGGACGCAAAUCCAUCGUAUUGUCGAAAGUGCAGAAUCGGCUCCCUUCAAGCAAUACUUUGCCACUUGGCGCGAUGCUGGUAUGUCACAUACUCGUCUCGUACGUUCGGCUUUGGGUUACGAUACCGACGAUUCUGAGUUCGAAGUUGAUGAUGUUGAUUCAGUUUUGAAAAACCUUAAAGAACGUGGUGGCCGUGCUAUUGGUUUUAUGCCCGACAAUGGUGAAAAUACAAUUGAGGAAAUCACCCAAUACUACACUAGCUCUGGCAGUAAUGAAGUGACACGCAAUACUUUGGAAUUUGAUGAAAACAUGCCAUUAUUGGGUUAUUCGGCUUAUGUCAUUACCUAUAAGUUCGAAUCAAAACAUGGUGAUACUGGUUCUUUGAUUUAUGUCUGGGAGGGUGUUAAGGCUAGUCAUGAUGCCCGUGAACGCGCUUUUGAGGAUGCCAUGGCUUUGGCUUUGGAACAAAAUGCUAUUUUGAUUCGCACCGUCCAGAAUUAUGAACCUAGACAUUUUCUUAAAAUGUUCAAGGGUAAAUUAAUGACUUUGUACACCUCCACUCCCACCGAACCUCAAUUGUUCCAUAUUCGUGGUACUGAUGCCUCUAACGUCCAUGCUUAUGAGGUUAAGGCUGAUUCCUCGUCAUUGUCUUCUUCUGAUGUAUUCGCUUUGGUAACAAACCGCGAUAAUAAGGUUUACAUUUGGAUUGGUUUGGGCGCUUCUGAAUUUGAAAAGAGCUUGGGUUUAGAACGUUUUGGUCAAUAUUGGCCCGAUGUUGAGGCUGAAAUUAUCGAGGAGGGUGCCGAACCCGAUGAUUUCUGGGAGGAUUUGAAUGGUGAAGGUAUCUAUGAUCGUAGCAUGUCCGAAAAGGGUGCCCCUCUUUUGGAACCACGUCUCUUCCACUGCCGUUUAGUGGGAAAUCGCAUUAAAGUUGAAGAGGUCAAUCACUUUGAACAAGCUGAUUUGGAUAUGGAUGAUGUUAUGCUUAUGGAUGCAGGCGAUGAAAUUUAUAUGUGGGUCGGUUCCGGCGCCACCGCUGAUGAAAAUGGAAAAAUUUUGGAUAUGGCUAAGAAAUACAUUAAAUCCGAACCCACUGAUCGUACCAUUGACACUGUCAGUGUUAUUCGCAUUUCGCAAGAUCAUGAACCUCGCGUUUUCAAACGCAUGUUCCCCUCUUGGGAAGAAGGUUACUGGCAGGGUAUACCUUCCUAUGAGGAUGUACGUAAGCAAGUUUAUGAAGACAAUGAACGUAUCGAGGACAAUGAUGUUUAAAAUGUAAAAGAAGCUACCAAAAAUAUAUACAUAUAAUAAAAUACAAAAAAAUAAAUCCAAUAUUGUCAACGGUUUGUUUGUCACAAACAAAUGUCUUGCCUUCGAAGGAAAGAACAACAAAAUUUAAUAAAACAUCAUGAAAAUACAUAAAAUGAAACCAAACCAACCAUCUGAACAACCUUCAAUCCAAUCAACUCAACAACUCAAAUUCAACUAUAAGCACUUUAUGAUCAUGAACAAUUUAUUUAUGAUUUUUUAUAUAUAUUCUAUUAAAACGCUAUAAUACUUUUGUUUAUUGUUAAAAAAAAACUUUUUCUUUUAAUUUUCAUAUAACAUAAAUAACUUUA